CAUAUGUGUCUCAUAGUGGAGGAAUGUCAGUGUUUCUAAUUUAACUGUCAAGAGUUGGGAAGGUGUAGUAGAUGAUGGUGACCAGACAUUUCCUUUCUAUGCAAUUUUUUUUUGUAUGCAUGGGACAUUUUUUAAUGCAAGUCCUGAAUGUAUUGUGAUGCCUCCCAAUAUGGGGUAACUGAUUCAGUGACCUUUACUUAAACACAUUGUUUUUGCUUCUGUCAACUUUUUGCGUAAAUAUCAUUUUACUAAUCAUAUUGUAUUGCGUCUGAUCCAUGGUGUGGUCACAUGCUGGAGCAAUGAAUGUCUGGAGAUGUUAAGAAGCCUUGAACUGAGAAAGUGUUCAAGAGAGGGGUAAGGGGUUGGCUUCAUGGUUCUGCAACUAUAGAUGAAUAAUACAGAAAAGUUGGGUCCAAAAUUGAGCCUCGAAGUGGAAGGCCAGUGGACUACUGGACUCUAUGAUUGUUGGGAUGACCCUUCCCUUUGUGUUAAGAGUUGUGUUUGUCCGUGCGUUAUCCAUGGGCAGCUUGUUGAGAUACUUGAUAGAGGAACAACAUCCAGUGGUGUUGGAUGCCUAAUCUCGUAUGCUAUGGGAAGCAUUCACUGCGGAUGGCUAUACGGAAGCAUUUACCGUUCAAAACUGCGUAAACUCUUCAACUUGCCGGAAGCUCCUUCCUCAGAUCAUCUGCUUCAUUGUUGCUGCUGCGUCUGUUCUCUAUCCCAAGAGUACAGAGAACUCAAAAAUCGCGGCAUCGAUCCUUCUCUCGGGUGGGAAGGCAAUGCUGAAAUUUUGGGAAGGGAAGUUCUUACCGUGCCGCCAAUGCCUAUUACCUCAAAAAUGACUCGUUAAUUAAGCCUGCUC